AUGGCUAUUUCAAUGCUCUAUGGAGCUCAAAAUCUCAAACUCAUUGGUGGCAUAGCACCAGCAACAGGGUUAGGUUCUGAUGGGACAAAAUUUCACUUUGGGGGUUUCUCCAAGAAGGGUUUAGUGAGUUAUGGGAGGAGUUACAAGACCAGAACUUUAGCACCCAUAUGCAGUGUCUCAUCCUCAAGGCCGGCCUCUCAGCCUAGGUUCAUACAGCACAAGCAAGAGGCAUUUUGGUUCUAUAGGUUCUUAUCUAUAGUGUAUGAUCAUGUUAUAAACCCUGGGCAUUGGACUGAGGAUAUGAGGGACGAUGCUCUCGAGCCUGCUGAUCUUUAUGAUCGGAAUAUGGUAGUGGUAGAUGUUGGUGGUGGAACUGGGUUCACAACUCUUGGUGUUGUUAAGCAUGUGGAUGCCAAAAAUGUCACAAUUCUUGACCAGUCACCUCACCAGCUGGCUAAGGCUAAGGAGAAGGAGCCCUUGAAAGAAUGCAAGAUAGUUGAAGGUGAUGCCGAAGAUCUGCCAUUCCCAACUGAUUAUGCAGAUCGAUAUGUCUCUGCUGGAAGUAUUGAGUACUGGCCAGACCCACAACGUGGAAUCAAGGAAGCAUACAGGGUGCUAAAAAUAGGAGGAAAAGCUUGCCUUAUAGGCCCUGUAUACCCAACAUUUUGGCUGUCUCGUUUUUUUGCAGACGUGUGGAUGCUUUUCCCCAAGGAGGAAGAGUACAUUGAGUGGUUCAAAAAUGCUGGUUUCAAAGAUGUUAAACUCAAAAGGAUUGGUCCAAAAUGGUACCGUGGUGUCCGCCGCCAUGGCUUGAUUAUGGGUUGCUCUGUGACAGGUGUGAAGCCCUUAUCUGGGGACUCCUCUCUCCAGCUUGGUCCAAAGGUGGAGGAUGUAAGGAAGCCUGUGAAUCCAUUGGUGUUUCUUUUCCGGCUCAUUCUUGGUGCAAUGGCAGGAGCUUACUAUGUGCUGGUUCCGAUUUACAUGUGGAUUAAAGAUCAAAUUGUUCCAAAGGGCAGGCCUAUCUGA